ACUCACAGUGCCCUGGGAAUACAGGUUUGAUAUUUCCUACCAGGUAAAGAAAGCAAAAUAUCAAGACUUCGUCGACGAGGCCCUUGUCAACGGAUGGCAUGUGGCCUCAUUUCCUACUGAAGUCGGCUACUGUGGGUUUCCAUCUAGAUCAGUGUGCUAUUUUUUUUUUUUUUUACAGAAGAUAGGUCUGGAACCCAGACAAAUGAAGAGAGCCAUCAAAGAAAUAGACACGGCAGAUGAAACUAGCUGAAGAUGGCUUUGGUUGAUAAGAGAUCGCAAGUGGAACCCUUCUGUAAGAGAAAACUAGCUGAGUUCUUGCUGUCCCAUUCAGGUAAAGCGCACAGCAUAAGAUGCGAAACGCUUAUGACUCUGAGAUACUUGCUGACCAUACGGAAAGGUAUCUAGCAUUGUAAUGGAUUUAGAAGAGCUUGCAAAACCUCUGAAUACCUCCAGCACUUUCAGCACGGGGAAAAAAGCAUCUCCGAUAUUUAUUUCAUCUAUAAGAGGUAAGUUUAUAUAAGAGGAAGUAACUCUUUCCUUACAAAUUUUAACACGUGAAGCUGGUGUUGAAUUAAAAAAAGGAGAGAGCGAUAAAAAAUAUUCCGCCCGGAACUUUUCUGCAUCUGGCCGAUAAAAUACGAAACACUAUAAAGUUGCCAACUCAGUAAUGUGACGUGUAUUGUAAGAGAAACAUGGAGGGUACGCUUUUUAAGUGGACGAAUUAUUUAUCGGGUUGGCAACCUCGAUGGUUCAUUUUAGAAAAUGGUAUUUUAUCUUACUACAAAUCUCAAGAAGUAGUCAAUAGUGGCUGUAAAGGGUCAAUAAAGAUGACAGUAUGUGAUGUAGUUGUACACCCGUCAGAUUCCACACGGUUAGACUUGGUUAUUCCUGGAGAACAGCACUUCUACCUAAAAGCAGCUACACCUCAUGAACGCCAACAGUGGCUUAUUGCCCUUGGUACUUCAAAAGCUUGCUUGGCAAAUGGACAAUCCCCACAGAGUACAGGAGAAAUUUCCCCUGAUAUUGUCAAAACCAAAAAAUCAGAACUGAGAUUGUAUUGUGAUCUUCUGAUGAAGCAAGUCCAUUCUGUAAAACAAGCAAUCUCAAACCCAGAUGAAACUCCGGAUAUUCAGAAAUUGAAUGAUGCCACAUCUCUGUUGAGUGCGACCUGUGAUACCUUCAUACAAACCCUUGAAGACUGUAUGAGAAUUGCCAAUGCAACAAUAGCUUAUGAAGUGCCUAACCAAUAUGUAAUAAAUUCUUCCAUACCAAUUUCAUCUCCAACCAAAAGCAACUAUAAAUUGGCAACAAAGAAUAACAUUCGAAAAUCAAUAUCCUUAGACAGACCAAUUAUGAAAAAUGGUAUUCAAGACCAUAAAUCAAUGAAAUACUCAAAUAGUGACCAAUAUUUACAAAAGAAAUCUCCAAACAGAAUGGACAGUGUAACUUCAGAUUCUUCAGACUGUCAAAUAUCUGGCUGUGAAGACAACAGUUACCGUUCCCUUAGUUCUGAUACUAGAAUAAUGCCUGCCAUACCGUCAGAUCUGAGGCCCCAUCACAUAUCAGAUGAAAAUUUAGUCAUAAUGAAUUCCACAGAUACUUACUUUUCUUAUUUGACACACAGCUUUGCAACAUGUGUUCUUGAUAGUGCUGGUGAAGUCCCUGUUGAGCCAUUCCUUGAUUCAUGUAAAUCAAUUUUACCUAUAUUUGAUAAAUUGAAUAGUACAGCAUUUGCAACAGUGAAAAUGGAUUUUUCUAGCAACAUUCAGAAAAUUGAGAAGAAAUAUGCUACCAAUUCAGAAUUUACAACAUUACAGAAAAUGAUUACAUGGGAAUUAGAAGCCAAUGAACAACAUUUAUCAAAUUCUGUUGCAGUUGCUGUAUUAUGGAUGAAAAGGGCAUUAGAAUUUAUUCGAGAAUUCAUAUCUGAAAUCCACAAUGGCAAGGCUGAUUUGAGUGAAGCAACAACAGAAGCUUAUAAUAGAACCUUGAAACCUUUCCAUACAAGGUUUGCCCGUAGCAUAUUUGAUGUUGCUAUGAGAGCCAUUCCAACUCGUGAUAUGUUUCUAGCUCAAUUACAUUCUAUUAGCUAUCCAGUCCCAAAAGAGGAUAUUGACCGAAUACUUGACCAUCAUAUGGUAACAUUUAUAAAUUCUCUGAAACCAAUUAUUCAAUCCAUAAAUGACUUUUACUGUGCCAAUAAUCUUGAUUCAGAAGAACAAGUGUGAGCAGACUGAAAAGAACUAAAAAAAAACAAAACAAAACUAAAAAACACAACCACGAAUUGAUGAAAACAAAACACUUUUAAACAUCCUUUUAAACUGGAAAAAUAUAUACCUGUAUGUAUGUUUGUAUAUAUGUAUACAUGAUGUGUGCAUACCCUUAUGUGCAUAUGUAUAUAUAAGGAUUUACAGAUUUAUCUUUGUUCUCACUCUUUUGAGUUAGUGCAGCGAUAUUAUAAUGGACAAGUCUUGUUACAGCUUUUAUUUUCUUGUUUGCUUAUAAUUUUCUUUCUUUCAAUGUGAUACUGGAAAGAUUGAAUCUAUAAACCAAACCUUCUUGGUGGAUAACUUAUAUAUAUAUAUAUAUAUAUAUAAAGCCCAGUGAUAAAAUGGUGGUCCUCUGUAAUAAGUAUUCAUUUGUAUAAUUUCUUUUUUUUUUCUUUUUCUGAGUUUGAAAGAUUUUAUUUAUUUUUUUCUGAAUGGCUCUGAUUGUGUUGAAAGUAUGCCCUGCACUAUAAGGAAGUAUAUAUGUGAAAUAUCUAAGGGUGCAUCAUCCAUAGAUUAGGAAGUCCUUGCCAUUGAAUAUAAAUUAUCAAUCAUUUGUAUCUUGGAAAAUAUACUAAAGCUUCUAGUCCUUUCAAGAAUAUCUUAUCACAUUCCAAACAACUUUCUAGAAAAUCCUGAUUGUACAAAUAUACUCCUUCCCAAUUUACAACUUUGCUGGAAUUGUAAUAGUUAAGGCAAAAUAGUUUGACAUUUUCAUUCUGACAUUUAUUGUCUAAGGAAAAGUCUAUUGAUUUUGUACUGUUUAUGAUAUUAAACAGAUAUAGUAGAUAUCUUUUGCCUUUCAAAAGAGUUCUGAAAAAUUUUCUCUACCACACUAGAAACUUACGUUGUGCAUUCCCAACCUAUUGUGGGUAUGUUUUCAUUUUUUUAAUGCUUCAUUCUUUUUAUAUUUCCAAUAUUCUUUUAAAUUUAGAUAUACUUUAUGUAUCAUAAUUUAAGUAUACAUAUUAGUAGAAUACUAAAUAAAUUUCAUCAAAAAUUAUUUUACUUUUCAAUAAAAUUUAUAGUCACCAAAUUCUAUAGUUAGCUGUUAACUUUUCUCUUUUUAACUACUGCAUCAAUCCUAAAGGGUCAUAGAUAUUACAUAAAUUUAUAUUCAUUACUUCAAUCAUAAUAUCCUAAGCUGGGAAUAUUUUAGCAUGAAAUAUCAGAUCAUGACAUCAAAUCUUAGUCUUGAAUCAAUAGCCUAACUAUUUCAAUGGUACAUAUGAAUUGCUUGAUGUACUUCUUAUUCUUUUCACAGAAUUAGAUAGAAAAACCUCCAACUGCAUUUGCAAAUGUAAUAUAUUAAUUGCCUGCUUAUUUAUCAAUGUUUUAAUCAUUCAAAAUUUUGAUUUCUGAAAUAUUAAACAAAAAAUUCAGAUUUCAUGUGACAUUUUUCAUUUCUAAGAUGAGUUGCUAUUUGAAAUAUUUUUAUAUAAAGUUUUACAUUAAAAAUAUUUUUUUAGAAAACCUAAAGAUUUUAUUGUUUCCCUUGUUUUAAUCUUUGUCGUCUCCUCACCUUCCUUGAAAUAUAUUUUGUCUAUUUUCUUUUUCACAUGUCUAGAUCCCUUUAGUUUCCUUUCUCACUUUGCCCUUCAUCAUGAACAAAUUAAAAUUUUUUCCCUAUUAAGUUUAUCAGAACAUUUUGUCAUAGUAUUAUAUUUCUGCACCUUUCCUUGGCUCUGUCUUUAUGAACAAAGUUUUUAUUAUUUAUCAAACAAUAAUUGAAAGCAAAAGAACAAUAAAUUAUAUGAACUGUUAAUUGCUGUGUAGACUUUGACUCCUGUUAAUUAAUAAUCAACUACUUUGUGAAUAAUAAUUUUAUUCUCCAUAUGAGUUUUGUGGAUGUUGGAGAAUUAAUCAAUUUUCUAAAGAUUUGUCUUCCAUCCUUAUAAAUCAGAAUUGAUUCUCAAACAUUUAUCCAGAAUUCUAAUUCAGAAGAGAAACUAGAAUUUCAAAUUAGGUGAAAGCUGUUUCACCUAAGUAGUUUUGAAAUUAUCAAGUAUGGUUUCAGUCUGGUUUGUUGACUUAAAAACAAUGUCAAAAUGUAGUUUUGGGAAAAAUGUAUUCCAAAAUUAUUGACACAGGCUGGAUGUCUUCCAUAUUCUCGUGUUUGUUCUUUCAGCUAAUAUCAACUUAAAUAGUGAAAUAACUAUAUCAUUUGUAGUAAGAAAACUUUCUUUAUAUUAUGAAAGUAACUAUUAAAACAAAAACCCAGACAUAUGUUUUAUUAUUUUUUUUGUAGCAUUUGCUGUUGAAAUAACAGAAAUAAUUAAAAUCUUAAUGAAAACUGAAGACUCAUAGCAUUUCUUUUUUAAAUCCCUAAGAAUAUGCAGAGAUUGCAUCAAAAUAUUGCAUGUGAAAUGGACGUUAAAUGAUGAUAAUGUAGUCAGCUUAUAACUUUGUGUUGAGUUUGGCAGCCAAAGUUUAAUUUGUUGAAAGGACUUGCUCAUAUUAGAAAAAAACAAAAGUUAAUCUACAGUGGGUCUGAUGAUAAAUUACGUAUCCCAUUAAUUACAGAAUUUUUGUAACACUGUUCUGUUAUCUUUCAAACAACCUUAGGUUGCUGCUAUUCAAGGGAAUAUUGAGAUUUACGUACAUCUGCCCUUAAAAACAUAACUAGUACUUAGAAGAUUCUUUUGGGAUUCUCAGCCAUACUGUUGUCUCUUGCUUGAAGAGGUUGGGAGGCACCAAAGUUAUCCUAAGCGAGAUCUGAAUUUAAAAUGUAAAGUUCUGGAGCUAAAUAGGUACUCUAGUCAACUCAUUUGACUAAAAUUCUUCAAGAAGGUACCUAAACAUGGCUGCUGUCUAAUGACUGAAACAAGUACGAUAAAUACCAGAAGGUAUUUUGUCUGAUAUUCUCUUGAUUCUGCCAAUUCACUGCCUAAUAGUUAUGUACUGUGAGAAUAGGUAAUUCUAUACAAAGUAAUAGAAACAAGACUGAAACAUGUUAUCAAAUGUCACCAUUUUAUUUCAAUAUGCUGCCAUUUCUGUGAUGAAUAGCAUUAAUAAAAUUAAAGACUUCAAUUGUUGAGCAUUAUCAUAUGGAGACAGCUACUUUCUGCUUAAGGUGCAACAGUGUGAUAAAGUGUAUGUAACCCAUCUGAAGUACUGUACCCCAUGAUACAGAUUUAAUUUUCUUUUCUUUCUAACAGCAAAUCGUAAUUUUAUUUAAUUGAUCUUUUCAUUAGAAAAUAUUUAAAUGAUUGAUCAGCUUAAGUGUAUUCAGUAUUUGCUAUUUUAACCCUUUAGCAUUCAGAUUACUCUGUUAAAUGUAAUUCUUAUUUAUUCACAUUGUUUUGAAUUAAUCAUACAUUAUCUUGAAGCCUCAAAAUUUCAAUAUAAUUGUUUAUUUUUGCACUGAAGGGUAUGUGUGAGAGGCAAGACAUGGCCAGUUUGAAUACAAAACAGGUAGAAUAUUUUGGCUGGAUAUGGCUGGUUCAAAUGCUAAAGGAUUAAUUUUAAGUUAAUAUGUUGGACAUAUGAUCUGGAAUAAUGAAUAAAUUUUUAGUUGUUUUAAAUCUCUCAAGUAUUACUUGUCAGCCUCUUAUGAUUUUUGCUAGAUAAAAUAACCAAUGCUCAGAAACAAAAGGAAUUUGAAAUGAUUUAGUCGUAACAAUAAUCAUAAGUUUUUGGCUGGCUAAAACAAUUUUUCUCAACCAUUUCCUAAUCAAACUAAAGGGCUACAAUAAGUUAAUGAAUUCACAUACAGCUUUUUUGAAAAUAGAUUAUAUAAAUAUAUAAUUGUAUCAAGGACCUAUAAAUCCUUUAAGAGAUGCUAGCAUCCUAGUUCUUCUCAUUUACUCAUAUAUAUAUAUAUAUAUAUAUAUAUAUAUAUAUAUAAAUAACUCCUGUAAGAACAAAGAAAGAUAUUUUCUUAGUAUGUAUUACUUUAUUCAUUAACUUUUGGUCUAUGAAGUUUAGUAGAAUUGUCAAACAAAGCUCUUUUUUUAAUUGUUCUGCACAGAUUUGCUUAGUGAAUUCAGUGGGAAGGCUGCAAAGAUUAUAUUUAUAGGCAGGAAUAGUAAAAAGAAAAGAUUCCAAAUGGCAGUCAGUUAGGUUGAGGAGAUUUAAGUUACAUAAUCACAAAUCGCAGCCAAUAAUGUGGUUCAAGCUAACAGUGAAGCAUCAUAUUGUGUGUAUCAUACAUGUAUUUUGAAAAGGUCUGUUUUAGAAACGUUCAUGAUGUCAGUAUUGUUUGAAAUGUGCUUUAGGAGCCAUUGUUUUCCUUCUACUUCAUGUGUAGCUACUAAUUACACAUGGAAAAUGUGUAGUACUAACUCAAAUAUUUCAAACAAGCAUGGAAAAAUCAGUAUUAUGUUGAUGAAGUGUCAAUGUUACACUUAUGUACGAUUUCUUUUUUCCUUGCCUGAGAGUAUUGUAUUCUGUUCCAUUUGAUUCUUUAAUUUUCCCCACAUUAUGGCUUUAUAAUGUUUUGUCUUUUCAAGGAGGUGCACAAUGUAUUUUUCUAAUUUGAUUUUCAUCUUGCAUCCUUGCACAAUCAGUGAGAGGUUGUCCAUAAAUUCAACUUUUCUAUAGAAUACCACUGUUCAGUCUUUCCGAGUCUGACUUCAAACAGUUGUAGUAUUUUGUAAAUGCUAUUUGUUCAGUCAUUCAAAUGUGUGUAAUUGUAUAUAUGCUAAUUGUAUGUUGGUGUUUGUAUAUACAGAAGUAUGUAGGUGUACAUAGUAAUGCCCUAUCUUUAUGAUAUUCCUUUUCAAUGUAAAAGAAAUAUAACAAAAAUGCUAAGUUAUGACCCAUGUAUGUAUGUAUUAUUUUGGAUAAUGGUUAACAUUGGCUUUAUUUAUUCAAUAACUUUAAGUUGUAUUCUGUCUGGAAACUUUUGUCUAUCUACAACUUGCAGUCAAUAUUUGAAGGUUGGAGAGGAGCAGUUAAAUUUAAGGAAAAAUAAGAAAUAGCCCAUCUUCAGCUGCUUAAAUAUAGACCUUAAGAGUUGCAGCAUUAUAUAUUGUAGCAACCUGAAAUUUUUCACUAUAUUCAUUAACAGACUUUUAUCUUCAAGAAAAGAAAAAAAAAAUGCAUGCGAGAUAAUUUUUAAAGAUUUUUUUUCUUUUGAUAAUAGAAAAAAAAAUCUUUAUUUUUGGUUGACUUUUAAGGUUAGCCUAUUAUUUUUGUAUGAUUAUGAAUUAAUGGUACUGAUAUAUAUGUGACAUUGCUUACUGUAAAUGUCUUUGACUUCUGUACUUGAUGGUAAUGAUUUGUUAUAUUGACAUAAGACUACAGACGAAAGAUAAGCAGUUUGAGAUGAUUCUUUGACUGGUAUUUGUUGACAUGGGUGGGAUGAAAGGUAGUCAAUCCUUGAUGGUAAUUGAACUCAAAACUGCAGAAACAAAGCUAAAUACUGUUAGGCACUUAGAUGCCAUUUUGCCAUUCCAUUGCUUUUUUUCAUUUUUUUUUUUAAUUGUUUUUUUCCAAGAAAAUCUUUUCAUGUAAGAAGACUAGAGCUUUAACAUGGAGUCAACGUUUUCACUUUCUUUACAUAUCAGGCAUUUCUAAUUUCUCUUACACAUGACUACUACUUUCACAUUUUCACUGGGGUUUAUUUCAUUACAUUUUUUUUUUUUGUUAUUAGGUUCUAAGCCGGUCAGCAGAAGUAGCAAAUGCAUAUUAUAUUUUAUCCUAAAAUAAUCAAGUUUGACUUUAGAGAAUUCAUGUCUACUUAGGCAUUUUUUCAUAAAUAAAUAAUUUCUCACUUAGUUAAAGAUAUUUCUUGAAUUCAUUAUUUUGCUUUCAAUUCUAUGUUGUAUAGAGUAGUAAUUCAAGCUCUUUAUAUGAAUGUGAUUUCCCAUCAUAUUGAUCCUUUUAAAACAUAAUAUUUCUCUCUCUAUAGAUCUCUUUUUUUCUUUCUUAAUUUUUUUUUCAAACCAGCAAAAUGUUUCUUAUAUAUGGUGAGUGUAAUAGCAUAUGCAACAAAUUUAUCUUUUCAUUUUAUUUAACUUAAACCCCUCCAAGUUUUACUUGUUUCAGCCAUAGUCUUUGGCACCACCAUAGUAUAAGAAAAGCUAAAUAAAAUUUGAUGUACAAAAUAGUUUGUGUGUGUGUGUGUGUGUGUGUGGUGUGUGUGUGUGUGUGUGUGUAUAUGUAUGUAUGUAUGUAUGUAAGUACGUAUGUAUGAGAGAGAGAGAGAGAGUAUAGAAUGUAAUGGUUAAUUUCCUUUCAGAGGAAAGGAAAUGGAAAAAAAAAAGGAAUUUUUGUCAAAUUGUAAAUAAACUACGUUGUGGCUUUAUGUUAAAGCCCUUGUUUCUGAGUUGAACUUUUGCUUGUAGUGGGAGAAACUUUGUCCACUAUGGUGAAGCAAACUACUAUGUGUGUGUGUAUGUAUAUAUAUAUAUAUAUUUCAUAUUGUAGUUACUUCUUUGGAAAUGUGCUUCCUUAGCUGAAAUUUUUUUUUGUAUUAAAAAAAAAAGUCAGUUUCACUAAUUCAAUUACGCAUACACACACACACACACACACACUUUUCACCUUGUACAUAAAAUAUUUCAUUAAUAAUAAUAAUGAUUGUAUUAUAUUAUUUAGCAAGCACCAUAAGGUAAGCUCCUAGUGGGCAGUCCUUGACCUGAUUUUGAUUCUUAAUUGUAACCAUUUUACUCCAGUUUUGCCACUAAUGCCUUGAGCAGGCAUGAAUGUCAUAACUUCCCAUCUCUCCAUUCUUAAAAAUAUUGGGCUUCAUGUUUAUGUAAAUGUACAAUUAUAUGAUUUUGUUGGAAAAGCUAACCACUUUUCCUGGAUUCAAAUGGAUUGACUGUAUAUAAAAUAAAUGAACAUUUUUUUUUUUAAACUCAUUUAGACUGACUGGUAUGUUUGCCUGUAAAAUCUGAUUUCAUGGCAAAAGCCCUACAUAAUUAAAACUGAGAAACAAACUGUUAA